UACAAUUGUUUUCUUUUAAUAGGAGCUACGGUUUAGUGAUAAAAAGAAAAAUGCCGGCGUAUAAGUAUACGGAAUUAAUAAAACUUGGCACACAAUACGCACGGCGAAUGAAUUAUCUUUCUAAUCGCAUAUUCGGCGAAGUAGCACGCACAACAAAUGAAAAAUCUAUGAAGGUCGUUCGGAUGUUUUCAGAAGAGCCGAUACAUAAGCGAGACUAUGUGAUCAACUGGUACCCACGGCACGUGGAAACGCAUUUGCUCAUGAGGAAUCUGCGCGAUUAUGGAUUGUUCCGUGACGAACAUCAAGACUUUAAGGAGGAAAUGAAACGUUUGCGCAAGCUGCGUGGAAAAGCGCCGCCCAAGAAAGGAGAGGGCAAGCGAGCAUCAAAAAAAUAAAUGGACAAUAAGAAGUGAA